AAAUAUAAAUUCCUUUAAAAAAUGUAUAGGUAUUAAAACAAAAUAAAUCUAAUACAACGAGACACUGGUUUUGUCGAGGGGACCUCGUCGCAUUAUGACGAGUGAUCAUCAUUAAACAUCGCGAGAGUGUCCUGCCAACUGCAGUCACUGCGCUGCAGCAUCAUAUCAUUUCCACGACUAUAUACACACGAUCCUGACCUUACUAUCCAUUUGCAGGUUGCACGGGAGUUGCAUAUAUAUAAACCACAACUGUAUCAAUACGAUAUAUUAUGUGUACGUGAUUAUAUAUACAUAUGUAUUCGACUUGUCGGCCACCAAACGGUUUUCGUCGACGGCCGCGAGCCAUUCAUCGAUCGCGUCUCUCCUUUUUAACUCCGCCCCGCACGACUCCUGCAGGAGGCAGACGCAAGUCACGCGCGCGCAUGACGCCGGCGCCGACGCGCACACUCGGACUAGAGUCGUACACUUACACGAGUUUGCUUUCGAGUUUCACGUGCGUGUGUGUGUGUGCAAUAUGGUCAGAUUAUCGUAAGUCUGAAUGGUGUGCGUAUAUAUAUUGUGGGUGUAACGGUGGCGCGUCGAACAUCACUGCAGCGACAACAACAACAACAACAACAAUAAUGCGCGCGCUGUUUCGAGUUGUUGAUAAAACAUUUUAAUAAUAAUAACAACAAUAUAACGGCGUACACUAUAACUGUGUAUCGAUAAAAUAUGAAUUAAUAUAUGGCUAGCCGUGCGAAAUAGACUGCGGACGCUACACACGAGCGAUAUCACGUACGUAUUUAUGCGUGAAGUAUAGGUACAAGCUAUUCGGCGUGCACAAAUCUUUGCGGUGCGGUUGAUCGUCGCUGCUGCAGUGCGUCGUGAUGGAUGAGAACCUGAGCAGGGGCUACGUGGCCCUAGGAAAACGCGGCAAUGUCUGUCCACUGGCUACGCCUCCGGUAGACAACUUGGGCAAGACUUACAUGGCCAUGGUACUGGCGGGCGCCGGUUUCCUAUUCCCGUACAACAGUUUUGUCAUGGCUGUGGAUUACUUCCAAAACAAAUAUCCUGUUUCGAUGGUAGUUUUCGACAUGACGAUCGUGUAUAUCAUGGUGGCGUUUGUCGCCGUACUCACCAACAAUCUGCUCGUCGAAACACUGUCUUUCACGUGUCGCAUCAAUAUCGGUUAUGGACUGACGAUUUCGAUGCUAUUGUUCGUGGGUGCUGUGGAAAUUUUGUGGGAGGAAUUGUUCACGCUGGAUACGUCAUAUUGCCUCAACUUGGUAGCCAUUGGACUUAUUGCAUGGGGCGCGACAAUCCAGCAGUCCAGUUUUUAUGGAUACACCAGUAUACUGCCUAUUAAAUACACGCAGGCCGUCAUGAUUGGAGAAAGUGCUGCCGGGCUUUGGGUGUCCAUUAACCGAAUAUUCACGAAAAUGUUGACAAAGGACUUACGAGUAAGCACGUUCAGCUUCUUCGUGAUAAGUCAUCUGGUAGUGAUGACGUCAUGCGUGUUGUUCCAAAUAGUGCAAUCGUCUGAUUUUGUCAAAUUUUACAUUGCCCGAAGUGAAGAUUCGAAGAAAAAAAUUUCAUUGGAACCAACCGAAGAAUAUGUCGAUUCCGAACAAUCCCAACCAGAACCAUUUGCUGAAACUAGUUUAAGCACUGGAAAAAUAUUUAAAGACGAAAAUGCAUUUAGCUUUGCAAAUCCCAUGUAUGAUCCGAACGCAAAUAGUGUGCCAACGUAUAAAGUUGAAGACGUCAUGGUACAUGUGGAAACAGGAAGUUCUUUUAAGCUACGGAAAUCCACCUUGUCUGAAUUUUGGGAUUCAUUUAAGAGUGGAUAUAAGUUGAGGAAAGAAGUAUCGAAGAUCAUAUGGAAACAAAUGUUGGCGAUUUUCCUUUGCUACUUCGUGACGCUGAGCAUAUACCCGGGAGUACUUUCCGAUCUAGUCAGCCCGAGAUUUGGCACGUGGAUGCCCGUACUCGUGAUGACUGUAUUCAACUUAUUUGACCUUAUGGGAAAGUUAUUGGGAGCUUAUUCGUACGAACGAUGGGAUGACAAAAUACUGAAGAGCACCAAAAAACGUCUGUUCAUGAUUCCUGCCAUUCUACUUAUCGUAUUAGUUCAACAUCCAUUCCACACGAAAAUCAUCAGUGAAUUCAUGAUUGUUCUGCAAACGGCCGUGCUCGGCGUUACCAAUGGCAUCACCGGCAGCGUUCCAAUGAUUUUCGCGCCGGCAAAGGUCGUCGAAGAACGACGCGAACUCGCCGGUAACAUAAUGACGAUAUCGUACAUAGCCGGUACGACGGCGGGUAGCGUGUUCGCUUACGUGCUGGACAGGAUCAUACACUACGAGAUCGGCUUCUCGGUCAGCUGGUCCGGCAGCGAUUACCACAAGAUAUUGGCCGCCGGAGCCGCGAUGGUGGACCCCAUGGACCAUUUCAACAGCAGUUAUCUCCAAGGCAUAGCGGACUCGGGCAACGACACAGGGUCGCCGCCCCUGCAAUCGACGGUCGCGCGUCUCGGCAAUCUGCUGCUGUCGGCCGGCAUCAAUUCGACGACGACAGCGUUCCCAGGAUAACCGCGACAGGUGUAAGCCCACCUGUUGCAGGACGCCGCGUGUACAUAAAACUACCUAAAUAAUUACGAUAUUACUAUCGUUUUUUUUUUUUUUAAAAACUAUUAAUAUAUUUUAUUAUAAUUACGUUUGGAGCGCCUGGGCGGUCGAAGAGUCGAUAGGAAAUAAUGGCGCUUGACAGCCGCUGCAUUAUAAUAUAAUAUUAUUAGUAUUAUUAUACUAUGCCGUGAUAAUAUAUAUUGGCAAUGUUAUUGUUCAGACCACGGAUUUGAGAUAUGUCUUAAGAGGACGUCACACCCGCGUGUUGUCUCCGUCUUACAAAUGUACAACAUAGCAAAAACUGUUUUGCGCAGGACAACUUUUCUCGCACCAUAUUUGCGGUAGAACUACAAAAUGCUCACAACACGUAAGGAAGAACUUUAUCUGUGCAACAGCGUGCUUUUUUUUAGUAGCACUAUCCAAUCAUUUUUUAUAAGCAAAUGAAAAAACCAAAAAAAACGAAAUGUUUAAAAGCAAAUAACUUUUAUUGUAUUUAUGUUAUCUAAAAUAUAGGCACGCUGUUGCAUAGAUAAUUGUCUACCCUAUAUGUUCCGAAAUUUUGGAGCCACUACUACAAACGCAGAAAGAUAAGCAUAAGACGCAUGCAACACAAGCGGGUGUGACGUCCUCUUAAGGGUGUCCGUGCCGGUUUUUUCAAUUUUCCGCAAUUCUAUAAAAUUUUAAAAUUAUAUUUGAUAUUUUUGUUGCUACCUAAAUUAUAAUACUUUUCCACUAAUCUACUGCUUUGAUACGGUGUAUUAUAUCAACAAAAAUGAUUUGACAGGAAUAACCUCUCACGCCUUAUUGAUCGGUAUAUAUCGUAUAUGUCGAAUUUUGAUAUUUUUUUUAUCUGACAGAUGAGAACUUUUUACAGGUCGAAUCGAAGCCCGAAUCUUAUUUUAUUUUAAAUAGUAUUAGAAAAAAAAAAUAUUGGGUAUUAUUCAAAUGCAUAUUUUAUUAUUUUAGCUUCUAUAAUUAUAAUUUUGAAAAUCGGGCUCUUUGAUCUCAUCUGCAAAAUGUUCUGAUCUUUUGAAUGAAAAUAAAAUUAACGAAAUCCGGAUAUCCUUUAGGGCGUUUGAGUUUUUCCUGUAAGGCAUGUUCUUGUAUUAAAAAUGCACCGGCUCCGAUGCCCUUAAUUCGUGGUUCAGACCCAAAACCUCGAUACUUAUUCUUGCCGGUUAUUGAUUAAUACGUAAUUGAAGUGUCAAGCGUUAAAAUGAGCGGAUAUGUAUUGAAUGUUAAUGUUUAUAUGUGACAUUUUAAAAUAUUUUCCCAAUUUUUAAAUUGUUUCGACAGAUGGUCAGUAGCAGUAGGUAUAUAAUAUGAUUACAGACCGUUUAUGUGUGCACUGUGCGGGACUUUACGACGUCGGAUGUGUAGGGGUGAUGACGUAAUAUUUUUGCAAUAAUGAUAUACCCAUUGGCGUAGUGGUCAAAUUUUUUGGGGGGCCUUAGCUAUUCCGGGGGCAGACAUGUGACGACUCGUGGGGGGCUAUUAUUCAAACUAGGGGGCUAAGUCCCCCCCCCAUAACUGGCCAUAACUACGCCUAUGUCGGCUGCGUACGAGUUGAUUCCUGGGCACCUGUUUACCUGCUCUGAUACCGUUGAGUUGAUUCCCUGGUCAUUAUAUAUUAUUUUCAAUUUUUAGUCAAAUAUUCAGCCUAUUAGCCUAACCCAAGAAACACCAGGUUGGCUGACAAAUUCAAAUAAAUUUAUGAUAAAUUAAAAAUUUAGUAAUCAGGUAAAAAAUUAUUAUUAAAAAAAUUUAGUAAUUUGGUAAAAAUAUAUACCUACCUAACACAUUGUUUUUAAAAAGAGAUUACCAGUAAACCGUGACAUAUACUGACCUGGGAAUCAAAUGGUAAAUACCUCUUGAUGACCCGGGUAUCAACUAAUCCAUAAAGUAGGUCUCGGGAAUCAACUCACCUAUGGCCGCCUAUGGCUAUACCUAUAAAUAUAACACAAUAGGUGCUCUCGUCCGUACGGUAAAAACGAUUUUUAAGAACUCACUUUAUAAAAUUUUUUUCUACUCGACCCUUCAAUUAUUGAUAUGGUUGGAUAUUGUUGAUCACGUCGGUAUUUAUUGACUCCAGAUAUAUUUUUAAUAAUAAAUUGUCAUUAGUCCUCGGUAGUGUUCUUGAACUAAGCAUAUAAUAUAUUUUUAUCAUUUUAUGCGGACGAUUUAUUACGCUUUUUUUUGCGUGACUUUUCGAUCGACCAGUGUUUUAAAUUAUAUAAAAAUCGUGUGUUAUAUCAUAUAUGACAUGUUAUUUUAAUUCAUACUUAAAACGUUCGAUUUUUAUGUACCUACCACAAUCCACUGCAACGGCAGUUCUAUGGCAAUAGGUAGGUAGGUAUCUAAUAUCAUUAUGUUUAGUCUAUAUGAAUAUAUUUGUUUCUGCCAUGAAUACAAAAAGCAAAAAGGUCGUAGGUAAUAACAUCAUAUGCUAUACCUAAUACUUAUAUAAUGCCUCGUUACCUCUUCUUAUACUUAGGUAGGUACUGCGUAUUGUUGUGUACGUUUUUGUUUUUUCUGUUGAAUAAUAAUAAUUUACGUUUGCAACAAUAAAUACAA